UGUUCUCACUCUCUUCUCAGCAGAAGAAAAGAAACAAACGUGACAUUUUGAAGAUGUUUUUAUUUUAGAGCCUGUUAUUGAAGUGUAACUAACACCAUUUGCCAAGUUAAGCUUUUAAAACAAUGGGUAUAUUAGAAAAAAUAUCUGAAAUAGAAAAAGAAAUUGCUCGGACUCAAAAAAACAAAGCUACUGAAUACCAUCUUGGAGUAUUGAAGGCAAAGCUUGCUAAGUAUAGAGCUCAGUUGCUAGAACCCUCAAAAAAAUCUGAGAAAGGAGAGGGAUUUGAUGUCUUGAAAUCUGGAGACGCUCGUGUAGCUUUAAUAGGCUUCCCUUCAGUCGGUAAAUCAACCCUGUUGUCUACCUUGACGCACACUGAGUCGGAGGCAGCAUCGUACGAGUUUACAACACUGACGUGUAUCCCGGGCGUAAUUGAGUACAAGGGUGCCAACAUACAGCUGCUCGAUCUGCCAGGAAUCAUUGAAGGUGCAUCGCAAGGCAAAGGAAGAGGAAGACAGGUCAUCGCAGUAGCUCGAACAGCUGAUCUGGUGCUCAUGAUGCUGGACGCAACCAAACAAGACGUUCAACGAGCCUUGUUGGAGAAAGAACUGGAAAGUGUGGGAAUCAGGCUGAACAAAGAGAAGCCCAACAUUUACUUUAAGGUGAAAAAAGGUGGAGGAAUAGCAUUCAACUCGACAUGUCCACUGACCAAGAUUGACGAGAAACUGGUCCAGAUGAUCUUGCACGAGUAUAAGAUCUUCAAUGCAGAGGUGUUGUUCAGGGAAGACGCAACGGCAGACGAGCUGAUAGAUGUGAUCAGCGCCAAUCGAGUGUACCUACCUUGUUUGUAUGUCUACAACAAGAUAGAUCAGAUUAGCAUGGAGGAAGUGGACAGAUUGGCGAGACAACCACACUCGGUCGUUGUCAGUUGCAACAUGAAGCUCAACCUAGACUAUUUGCUGGAAUCGCUAUGGGAGGAGCUAGCUCUAAUACGAGUGUACACCAAGAAGCCGGGACAGCCGCCAGACUUUGACGAUGGAUUGAUCCUGCGGCGCGGUGUCACGGUAGAACAUGUCUGCCACUCUAUACACCGAACACUUGCGGCUCAGUUCAAGUACGCUCUUGUCUGGGGCACGAGCACCAAAUACUCCCCACAAAGAGUUGGUCUCCAACACACAAUGGCGGACGAAGAUGUUAUACAGAUCGUCAAAAAGUGAUUACUUUAUACAUCUUGUUUAUAUUAUACAUACAUUUUCCAAAA